AAGUGCGCAUCUAUUCUGCACAUUAGCGCACUGGCUUGUCAACAGUAAGCUAGUCAGCGCGAAUCUUGGCCAAAAAUGAUUUCCUCCAAGCUCGUGUUGCUUCAUACUCCGCUAACAGGGUGUCGGUUAGUUUUCGAGAGAUGCCGGUUAGUUAGCUGAGUAAAGAAGCUCCGUGUCAUCUUCAGGUGCAUCUCAAACUGCCUUCGGCGUGAGAAGAAAAUGACCCAGCUUAGCGUCCGUCACUGGACGCCUAAACACGUAGCCAGGUGGCUAAAGGAAGAAGGCUUCUGCGACUACGUGGACCUGCUGUGCAACAAGCACCGGCUGGAUGGCACCAGCCUGCUUGCCCUCAGCGAGUACGACCUGCGCUCACCGCCUCUGGAGCUCAAGGUGCUGGGCGACAUCAAGAGGCUGAUGAUGUCCAUCCGCAAGCUGCAGAAGCAGAACAUGGACGUGCUGGAAGAGUUGGGCGUCCCCUUCGACGGCCUCUCUCCGUCGAGCUCUGGGAGCAACUUGGAAUGGUUGUGCAACGGAGACCCCGGCAGAGACUGCGACAGCACCAACACGGCUCCGGUGGGGGAGGAGUAUCAGCAGUACACCAACGGGAAGUACAAGCAGCAGAUAAGGCGGCUGGAUCCCGAAUACUGGAAGACGGUGCUCAGCUCCGUCUACGUGGUGUUUGUGUUCGGGUUCACGUCCUUCGUCAUGGUCAUAGUCCACGAAAGGGUGCCUGACAUGCGCACCUACCCGCCACUGCCUGACAUUUUCCUCGACAGCGUGCCAAGGAUACCAUGGGCCUUUGCUAUGGCUGAGGCAUGUGGGGUGAUUCUCUGUAACAUCUGGCUGCUGGUUUUGCUGCUGCAUAAACACAGGUCCAUCCUUUUGCGACGCUUGUGUAGCCUGAUGGGGACAGUUUUUAUGCUGCGGUGUGUAACCAUGUUUGUCACCUCCCUGUCUGUGCCUGGGCAGCAUCUGCAGUGCACAGGAAAGAUGUAUGGCGACAUGUGGGCCAAACUGCAGCGGGCCGUGGCCAUCUGGAGUGGUUUUGGGAUGACCCUGACCGGUGUGCAAACAUGUGGGGACUACAUGUUCAGCGGCCAUACUGUUGUCCUCACAAUGCUCAACUUCUUUGUCACUGAGUACACUCCACGAAGCUGGAACUUCAUUCACACCUUGUCUUGGGUCCUCAACCUCUUUGGGAUCUUCUUCAUCCUGGCUGCCCACGAACACUACUCCAUUGACGUGUUCAUCGCCUUCUAUAUCACUACCAGACUCUUCCUGUACUACCACACUCUGGCCAACACCCGGGCGUACCAGCAGAGUCGGCGAGCCCGCAUCUGGUUCCCUAUGUUCUCCUUCUUCGAGUGCAACGUCAACGGGCCCGUCCCCAACGAGUACUGCUGGCCCUUCUCCAGACCUGCCAUGAUGAAGCGGCUGAUUGGAUAACAAACUGCGGCGCACCUGGGUUUUUUAGUCUCGUUUUGUGAAGUUGCCAACUGUGACAUCCUCGACAAAGACGCCCGAUGUGAUGCUCAGAGCCAAACCUUCUGUUAGUUUUGGAGUCCACCUCUAACUUGCUUUGUCAUAUCAACAAUUUCUAGGUGGAUUAGGCAAAGUACACUGCAAGCUCAAUCAUGUUGUUUAAAAGAACACAGUGGAGUUACAGCAAGAGGGAAAUCUUUUCAUUCUCAUGCAGGAUUGCAUAUUUUGUAGCUUCUGACACAAGUCAUGCUGUUAGUUGACAUUUGUGAUCUUUAGGCAUGGAAACUGUCAACAUCUGUAUUUCCUGAGGUCAUAUUCUUUUCACUGUUUAACAAGGUCUAAUUUAUUAAGAAAUGUCAUUAUCAGCCAAAUCCUUGGGAAGAAAACUUUUCUGCUGUCUCUAAAAUAUGUCUUAAGUAUUUCCUUGCCAAUUAAGAGAUUUCACUCCAUCAAAAUGUUUUCAGAUUUCUUGUGUAUCGGUGAUGAAAGAAAUCUCCAUGCACUAUAAAAUUACAAGACUAAGACCAAUUUUUGUGCGCUUUCUGAUAUUAUUCUUUUGACUUUAAUCAGUACCAAACUAACCCCUUUUACUGUAUGUGUAUAUUUAUUUUUUAAACGUCAAUAGAUAUUUUUAUACUUACCCUCCACCAUUGCAGAAUCAUGUACAUUGAAGGAAAUGUUUACAGUUAUGUUGAAUUGUAUGUUUGAAAUACAGUGUGUUAAGUGUAGACUUUGAUUUGUGCUCUUUCAUUGAGAGAAUGUUGUCGUUGCAGAUUAUCUGAAACAUGACGUAUUGAACAAUCCAAAAUAUUCUUUCAUUAGAAAGGUUGAUGUAUUCAGCGCCUCAUCGCUUAUUUUGUUCAGUCAUUUCUUUCAUUAAAGAACUGGAAAACAA